UGCGCAUGACUGGUCAAACCAUUCCUGAUUGACAAGCGGGUGAAAAUAGUUCUAUGCAAAAAUCGAAGUUGAAACUCGCGAUGAGACGAUUAGAACAAAGUUGUUUCACACAAAUGGAUUUGGGUCGUCAAAUUCAUCGUAAUAGUUCUAUUAUAUAGUUGAAAAAAGUCCAGUUUUCGCCCAUUGCUUGUACGUGCUCGUAGUGACUGUUAGAGUGUUAGAUGUGUUAGAUGAAGCAAUACUCAUGUUAUAUAAAUCAUUAAUUCGGUUAGUUUACGUAUCUGAAGUGAUUAUGUUAAACUCCGAAUCAUUCAUUCGUGUUACAUCAAUUGAUUAUUGACGUGAACCCAAACAACGAAACUUAGUCGUAUUUGACGUCUGCAAGCAGAUAGCGGUCAAUAAUUAGCACUUACUGGCAUCAUGUCAAUGAUUCGAUGCUGCUUUGAACCAGUGGAGAUGCCAGAGUUUUUGGACUCAUUCGUGAAAAAGUGCACUGAAGGAUGUUGCUGUGGCUGUUGCUCGGCCCUGAGACCUCGCUACAAGCGAUUGGUAGAUAACAUUUUCCCGGUCAACCCUGAAGAUGGACUGGUCAAAUCAAAUAUGGAAAAGCUCACUUUUUACUCGCUGCGCUCGCCGGAGAAACUAGACCGCAUCGGAGAGUACCUGUACCAACGAGCGUCCAAGGAUAUCAACCGCAAGCGGUACAAGUUUGUGGAAAUUGCAAUGGAAGCAAUGGAUUUACUAUUGAUGGCUUGUCACGCCCAGAUACUGAACCUGUUUGUAGAAAGCUUCCUACGGAUGGUGCAAAAGCUGAUGGAGGAUAUUAAUCCGACACUGCAGAUUAUGGCGACUAACUCGUUCGUGCGGUUUGCAAACAUUGAGGAAGACACACCAUCAUAUCAUCGCCGGUAUGACUUCUUCAUUUCCAAGUUCAGUUCUAUGUGCUUCGGAAAUAAUGAUGAUCUCGAACUGCGUGAUAGCAUUCGGAUGGCUGGCAUCAAAGGUCUGCAGGGUGUAAUUAGGAAAACGGUUUCGGAUGAUUUGGUUGAAAACAUUUGGGAAAAGCAACACAUGGAAAAAAUAGUUCCCUCUCUUCUGUACAACAUGCAAUCGUCAAGUGAAAACAAAGUUGUAGAUCAGGAAGCAACUCCAUCUACGCCACCGGUAUUGGCUGAGGCAGUUUUACGAGAGCUGGUUUCGCGAGCAUCAUUUGGCCACAUUCGAGCCGUGCUUAAGCCACUACUGACGCACAUGGAUAACCAUAAGUUGUGGGUGCCGAAUCGGUUCGCGAUUGACACUUUCCGAAUUGUGAUGAUUUCGAUUCAACCGCAGUAUUCUUACACCGUUGUGGAAACACUAAUGUCACACUUGGACCAAAAUCUUGCGUCAUCUCCGAAGACACGAACUUCACUGGCAGUUGUCCUUUCGAAGAUUAUUGCCAUUGCAGCUGGCGAAAGCGUUGGCCCGUCUGCCCUUGAUAUUAUUAACAAUUUACUUACACACUUGAAAACAUCGGUCAGUACCCAGCAUGAAUCUACUCCAGAAGAAACCCAAUAUCAGGAAGCAUUAAUCAACGCACUGGGAGAAUUUGCAAACCAUCAUCCGGACUAUCAGAAAAUCGAAAUCAUGCUCUUCAUUAUGAACACCGUUCCGGAUCCAUCGAAGAAAAACAAAGGUGAUCAACUGCUUCAGAACAUCCUACUGAAGUCACUGCUCAAAGUUGGCACCCAAUAUCGGACCGUUUCGUUCGAAAAAGCUUUUCCCAUAUCGUUCCUCCAGCCGCUACUGAAAAUGGCUCGUGCAUCCUCGGUUGCAAUCCGUGUUAUCGUCAUGCAGAUACUUCAGCAAUUGCUCGAUCGUCACCAGAAUCAGCACCUGAUGAACGUAAUCAGUAUCAAUCACUAUCCAACACUUACGAUGGAACAACCGUCCCGAUCGGACAUCCUGUUCACACACAAGUACGGUUCCAACAUGUUGCAGUCCAUUAUCGAUUGCAUAUCGCAGGAUAACAACAUGGACGUACUCAAAUCUUCCUUCAACACUGCCGGGUUGAUGGUCGUGGAGAUGGCAUGUGGUGAAACGGUGCAGGAGUUUUUGCUGUUUGUUCUCGGCGUUCAGCAAGUAGCCAUUACCGAAGCCGAGCUAUCGCCGAAACAUCGUUGCAAUUUACACAGUAUAGCGAUUUCUCUGCUUAUGUUGAUCGCCCGCUCCACGGGAACUGUGUCCAUCGUGGAGUAUGCGGAGAAGCUAAUCCAGGCUCGUAUGGAGGAAGCAAUGUACCUGCUGCCACCCUUGCUAGACAACGACAAGUCGGCUCCAAGCACACUGAAUACGAAUCUUCCCCAUCUCAUGAUUGAUCAGCUGGCUAUUGCGGAGUGUUUGCAGCAAGCUGGCAUCGAACACAACCGUGUACAAACCGGAAUGCCGUACUCACUAAACCAGACUGACAUGUCAGCCCAUAGGCACUCGUGGGUUGAUACCAGUAAGUAUGGUGCAGCUCGCAACAGCAUUGUCGAUGCGAAUUUCAACGAUAUUGAGUCAAUCAGCAGUUCCCCGGGAGUGCAAAAACGUUCGCUCGCAUCUGAUUACAACUUCGAAUCGAUGAAACGUGUCCUAGCGGAACCAACCGAAACGGCCAAACGGGAAGCCCACGAGCGGCAGGCCGCUAUUGGGCGAACCUUCCGUGAGACUGCAUUCGAAGAUUUGGUACGCCGCACCGAACCUCAACACGAAGUUAUCCAGAACCGGUUGAAUGAGAUCUUCAAUUCACUGGCUGCCGAACGACAGAUUAGCUGCGGUAAUCAACUGAUGAUGAAUUCACCCGGAACGGUAGUAGACGCUGGCAAGAUUAGCCAACAGCGCACGAUUUAUGAAAACAAUUUCCCGGAGCUCUUUUUCUACUAAUAUGGUGCUUGGCGGGAGUGGUUAUUAGUUGUUUUGUUGUUGAUAGCUUGUUAGAAAAUGUACCCAUAUAAAGUCAAGUACGGAAAGAAACCCAAAAUAAACACAAUAAAAUUGAUGUUUCUAAUGAA